GAUACAUCCAUGUCUUUAUCUCUUAAGGCAUUCAUCCAGAGAUGUUCAGAAAAUACACACUUAAUACCCUUACCUGUUUUUCCUGGACCACGCGAAAACCCCAUCAUUUUUUUGUCUUUAUUAUAAUUCUCUUCACCUCAUACUCAAAACAAACCAAACCAAACCCAUCAAACAUUCAACAACAUAAACACAACACAAAGCAGAGAAAUGAAGAUCCAGUGUGAUGUCUGUCACAAAGAAGUCGCCUCCUUCUUCUGCCCUGCAGACGAAGCAGCUCUCUGCCAUGCUUGUGAUCGCACCAUCCACCAUGCCAACAGGCUCGCUCACAAACACAAACGCCUCUCUCUCGGCCACCCCACCUCCAUAGCCGCCACUCUCUGUGAUAUCUGUCAUGAGAAGCGCGCCUAUGUCUUCUGCAGACAAGACAGAGCUCUCCUUUGCAGACAAUGUGAUGUUUCCAUCCAUGAUGUCAACGAACAUACCAAGACGCACGACAGGUUUCUUUUCACUGGAAUAACGCUUGAAGAAAAAACCAGAACAACCUCAACCUCGUCAACCUCAAACCCCGCACAAACUUCACUCUCGAACGAGAACAUUGAUUCUUUUGCUUCUUCUCGCACACUUAAUAACUCGAGUUCGGUUCUCACUGGAAUAACGCUUGAAGAAAAAACAACCUCAACCUCAUCAACCUCGAACGAAAACAUCGAUCCUUUUGGUUCUUCUCGCACAGUUUAUAACUCGAAUUCGGUUUCAACAAGUAGCUUAUCCGAGUACUUGAUUCAGACCAUUCCCGGUUACUGCAUGGAAGACCUUUUAGAUGCUUCGUUUGCUGCAUCAAAUGCUUUCUCUAAGGAUUAUGAGUUUCCGAAUGAAGAUGUUCAAGUUAGCAUGUGCUCCAUCCCACUGCAAACUCAAUUUAACACUGCUUCGAAUGUUUAUCCUGAAAUGCCAAAAGCUAAAGCCGGUGAAGGAUACUCAGAUUGGAUUCAUAAUUCUGAUUCCGCAGCCUAUAAAGUUCCAUCGAUUACUUCUCCUUUAGUAAAAAAAAUUAAACGCUCUCGUUGAUCUGAUCAAUUCUAUGUGAAAAUUUGUUGCAGAAAUGAGUUAUUUUUCUGCAAUUUUUCUUAUUUUGUACGAAGAUUCAUGGAAACCACCAAAACCCCUACUUUCUCGAGAUCCUAGUUGGAUGGC